AUGGAUUGUUUUGCUUGGGUCCUUUGCCUUGCCGGUAGCGCCCACCCUAAUCCCAAUGCACAGAGCACCUGUCCCAGCUUGAUUCGAAAUCGCUUGCGCCUCACCGAUGGUGUCGCUGAUCCUGGAUCAGCGCAUUUUCAACAUCGACGCCGCUCGCGUUCCCUCAGCCCCGACCACACGCGCACCGGUCUAGCCGCUGCCCUUGACUCGGCUGCGACGGCACAGUCCACGUUCACCAUCAACCCCCUCGCCGACUACGACAACCUGCACAGCUGCCCGCCUGGCCACGAGACCCCUUACGAAGCCAUUCCGCCUCGUCCCAGUCUUGACGCCCGCCUCAACGCCUCCCGUUCGCACGUCGAAACUCCGCCCCUGCGCCGACAGCAUCGACGCCACACUGACCAGGAUCUGACAUCCCAACGUACCCCCGUGUCUCCCGAGCCCCGCCGCGGCCUCUCGGCCAUUCGUGCCUUCCUGGGUCGGCUUUUGCAUACCCACCAUCGAACGUCUCCUCAUCACGAGUGUGACGACGCUGCCACCGACGAGUACUUGACCGCGAGCUGCUCCAACCUCGACCCCGUGGCCUCGACGACUCGCGCUUGCCCCAUCCCACAUACUGUCAACAGUUUGCCACAACCUCACACACCCAACCCCGCCAUGCUCCACCGUCCGCUUCCCCAUCGGCCCGACUCUGUGCUUGCAGAUAUGGACGAUCGCGUGCCCGUCGCCUAUGGAAACUGGCGCGAUGGUCACAGCCAUGCUGCCGAAGUCAAUUUGGACGUCGAUGCGGGCAGUGCCUUUAGUGGCCUGGAUGAGGGUGAUGCCUCGCUGGCUUCGACACGUGCUUCUGCUGAGCUGAACCAGCUCUACUCGCGUGUGCACCAUCCCGCCACUUCUCCGUCCCCUCGUAGUCGCUUGGCCACCCCCACGCUUGCCCUUGGCGCCGAAGUCGAGGACAACGAGCCCAUUGCAGCGUUGGGCGGCCACCUCCACCGCGCCUCACAAUGCUCCAAUACGUCGUCCGUUUAUGGAUUCGGUACCGACAGCAAAGGCUCGUCUCGCCCUGGCUCCUCCAUGGAUCCACCGCGCCGAGUCACUCUCUCGGUCGAUCGCCAGAUGGCCGUGCUUCAGCGUCGUUCAGCCUCGGCCCGUGCCGGUCGUGCGGACGACGUGCGCGUGACCCACACGCCCUCGGGGUUUCCCCUGCGCAAGGCCUCGAGUGUUCAUGGCCGACCCCAAUCCAACAAGCUCAAGCAAGCUCGCGUCGUGUUUGAUGAUUCAAACGCCAUGAACUCGGCAGACUCGCAGUUGCUGUGCCCACCCUCUUUGCCUUCUCGUCCAUGCUCGGGCGAGAUGCGCCGCCUCCUUUCCAUGCGCUCCAUGGCCUCUGCAACUGGCUUCGAGGAGGCCGAUGAUACCUAUGCCCUUGUCAGCGAGGCGGCUCGGCGCUGGGGCCCGGCAAAGGAGUCGCUGCGAAUGUCGCGGCAGCUGGCGACCGGUACGCGCAGCAGUAUGGCCUCGGAACACUCGGAUGGCUAUGAACCCGUCAGCGACGAGCCACUGGCAGCCAGCUCGCCCGACUUUUGA